AUGGCCCCAAUGCUGGAUUCACUCACCAACGCCACAUUGUUCGCACCCAAUAAUUACGCCAUCCGCGCCAUCCCCGACGAGAUCAAACAGUCAUGGAUGAAUAACCCCGAAAAGCUGAAACAAGUUCUUACGUACCAUUUGAUCCAGCCCGGAGUUCGCCAGGCCAAUCUCGCCAACAAUCAACUUGUCGAGACUGGGCUUAAGGGUCAGAGUGUUCGCAUGAACUUUUACCAGUCGAUACCAUUUUUCAACGCUUCACCCCUUCGAGCGAGUGUGCAGUGUGGCGCUGUGUUACGUUGGGAGCAGGACGCUUGCAAUGGCAAUGUUCACAUCAUUGAUCGUGUUAUGAUUCCUCCAGAGAACACCAUUACUCAAUGGCUAGCUAAUAAUCGCAGUUUCUCUAUUAUGACGACGCUUCUAAAGGAUACCAGACUCAAUGAGAUUCUCAAUGCUGAAGGCACCUACACCGUUUUGGCUCCUCCUGAUGUCGCGUUUUAUCAGAUGCCCGAGGAGGUUUUGUCUGAGAUUACCAAAGAUGCUCGUAAAGCUGCCAACAUUUUGAAACAGCACAUCCUACCUGAACACAUGUGCUGCUCCGGAUUCCGUGGUGACUGGUUCAGUAGCAACCGUCGCCGUACUAUAGAUGGUAGCUGGAUCUCUCUACAGCGCCACCUUGACGGAAGUCUGACCGCUGGAGAUUCUCAUGUCCUUGCCUGCGAUCAGCUAGCCCUAAACGGGGUCAUCCAUGUCGUCGAUCAGGUAAUUAUGCCAAAAGCAAAUGCUUUACCCUUUUUAUCUGGCACUCGUCGUCUUGGACUUCCUGGUAUGGAAUUGAUCUUGAACCACGGCAAGUAA